AUGGAUGGGAGGCAAGGGCAAAGGGGGGGACCGAGGCAAAGACAGACGGGAGAGCAAAGGGAUAUGGAGAGGAAAGGCAUAAGACAUGUGAGAAAGGCGGGGAGCCAAGUGGCCAAAGGCAAAGGCCACAAGGCCAAAAGGGGGAAGCAAGGAGCCCAGGAGCAGGGGGGAGCAAAGGGCCAAGUCCUAAAGCCAAGGUACAAAGGGAGAAAAAGGCAAGGGGGGGCCAAGGACAAGCCAAGGGAAAGGGGGGGCAAGGACAAAGGAGAAAGGCAAAGGGGGGGGAAGGCAAAGCCAGGGGGAAGGCGGAGAACACCCAGACGGGAGAAGGAAGAAGAGGAAGAGGAACGGACAGGGAAAAGAGGCGCACAAGGAAAAAGACGAGGCGAACGAGGAGGGGAGGAAAGGAAGAAGAGGGGGAAAGCCCAAAGAGACAAGAGACCACGGCAGAGCGGAGCAGAGAAGCAGGCGACACCAAAACGGAGACCCAGAGAGGCCACGCAACGGAAAACCAGAGGAAGAGCAGAGGAAGGGGGGGAGCGCAGGGACAGGGAGAGGAAGAGCCAGCAAACGGCGAGCGGAGCCGGGCGGACAGCGGGGCCAGAAGAGAAGAGAAGAGCGCGGACAAAAAGAGACAAGAGGGCAAAAAGGAGAGCGGCGCGGGCCAACGGACAGAGGCGCAGGACCAGCGAGAAAAGGAGGAAGAGAGGAAGACGGGAAGAGCAGACGAACGCACGAACAAGAGAGCAGAAAAGGCGAAGCAGCAAGGAGAGCGAAGAGAGCAAGGAAGCGGGAAAGAGCAGAGAGCAAAAAGCGCAGGGGGACAGAGCAGACCAAAAAGCGGCAAGGGAGAAGGGAGAAAAGAAAAAGAACGCAGAGAGCGGCAAAGAGAAAGAGGCGGAGAGGCGGAAACAGAGCAAAGCAGAGCAAAAAGAGCAAGGGCGGGACGGGAGAGAGGCAAAGAGAGAAAACACGCAGAGCGAGCAAGAGAAAGCGGCCAGAGGGGGGAGCGGCAGCAAAGAGACCGGCGCAGCAGGGAAGAGCAGCGACAGAGGCGCAGAAGGGGGAAAGCCAGGCGACAAAGGGGGGGAAGGGGAGGAAGCGGGCAGAGCGCGCGGGGAGGAGGAGGAAGAAAGAGGGAGCGCAAAAGCGAGGAGGCGCACGGGAGAAAGGGGAGGAGGGGAAAGGGCGGAGGCAGGGACACGGAGCGGCGGGACACGAGGAAAGGGGGGAAGGGAGGGCCACGGGCCCGAGAGAAAGAGGAAAAGGCAAGACGGCGGGGGGAGAGCCCGGAGGCGCCACAGGACGGACAAAAGCCAAAACCGGAAGGGACAGCGGACGAGAGAACGCGGAAGAAGCGGGACAAGAGGGCCAAGGAGAGGCGAGGCAAAGCCGGGGAGGAGACAAGAGGGCCGAAGAGCCGAAAGGGGGCCACGGCCAAAGAAAGAGGGGAAACGCGCAGCAAGAGGGGCGAAGGAGAGGAACAAGAAAAGACAAGAAGCGCACAAGCGCAGGAAGAAGGGGGAAGAGGGCAAAAGGCGCGCAAAGGAAAGGGGGGCAGACAGGGAAGCGCGAAGGAGCAAAGGGCGGGGAGAGAGGAGGGAGCGGGGCAAAAAGAGGAGCCAAAAAGAAAGGAAGCGCAAAAGCCGACGAGGCGGACCAGCGGCAGGGGAGAGGAAGGGGACGGCGAGGCGCGAGCACCGAGAGCGAAGAAGGGGGGCAACAGACAAAGGAGGAGGGAGCGAAAAGCAGAGGAGGGCGAAAGGAAGGCCAAAGAGGAGGAGGGGCAGGAAGCGCGAAAGGCGGCGCGAAGGGCCGAACAACCGGCAACCGCCAGGGCAGGAGAAAAGAAGGGGGAGGGAGGACGGACGAACAGGGGCGCGGGGGGCAAAAAGGGGAGAAGGGGGAGGCGAAAAGGAGACAACAAAAAGGCGGCGCGGGGAAAAGGCAGCGCGCGCAGAACACAAGAAGAAAAAGGCGAAGAAAAGAAGGAGGGGGCGACAAGGGCCGCAAACCCGGACAGGGGAAAGAAAGGGGCCGGAGCCGAGCGGGAGCAAGGAGCAAGGCAAAAAGGGGGAAGCGACGCCGAACAAAGCCGAAAGCAAAAGGGGCAAGCGCGACAAAAAGAAAAGCGCGCGGGAGCAACGAACCAAACGAAAAGGAGGAGGCGGAGGAGCAGCAGCAAGCGAGGAAAGGGCAGGGGCGGAGGAGGAGACGGCGCGAAGAGGCAAGGCAAGGGAGGGGAGGACAAGGGAAGAGGGGGGAGGGCGCGGGACGCAGAGGAAGAAGAGGGAACAGCGAAGGCGGGCAAGGCGGGGAAGGCGCGGGGCGCGGGAAGCGAGGGACAAGCGAAGGCGAGAAGGGCAAGAGAGGAGGCGCACGCAGCCGCAACGCAAGGAGCGCAAGAAGAGGCGAAGGCGGGAAAAAGAAGAAAGGAAGAAAAAAGGGCAAGAGGCGGACGGGAAGGGAGGAAAGGGAAGAAGGAAAAGAGGCAGCGGCAAGAAGAGGGGAAAGCAAGAGAGGGAGAGAACAGAAGCGGAGAGCGACGAGGGCGACGGGCACGAAGGCGGCGAAAAGAAGAGAGAAAAGGGGGAGCAGGCAAAAGCCAGCAGGAGAGAGAACCGGAAGGGGGAGGACGCCACAGGGGCGCAAACCCCGCAAAAGCGGACGAAGGCGACGACGACGGGAAAGAAGAAAGGGCAAGGGGGAAAAGGGGGAAAAGGCAGAAGAGCACGAAGGAGACAAGGACGGGGCGAGCAAACAAAAGGCAAAGGGGAAGGGGGAAAGGCCGAAACAAGGCGAGACGACGGCAAAGCAACAAAAAGGCGAGCAAGCAAAGAGAGGCCAAAGAGGCAAGGGCAAAAAGAGGGCAGAGAAAAGAGGGAAGCGGGGCGAGAAAGAAAGGGGGGAGAGGGAGCCCACGCAAAAGGAGGGGGGGUGCAAGAGAGGGAAGGCGGGGAGAGACCAAAGCAACCAGGCGCGGCCCAGGGGCCAAAAGAGAAAAAGAAGGGCAAAACCCGGCGCCAAAAAGGUGGGCGAAAGGGAGGGAGGAGGAGCGGGGCGCGAAGGGGGACAAAGCGCCGCAGCGUGAAGGCAAGAAGAGCAAGGGGGGGGGGGGACCAAAAAGCACGAACAGGAAAGGACCCAAGCAAGGAGGGGGACCGAAAGGGAAGGAAGCGGGGGGCAGGAGGGGGGGACAGCGAGAGGGGGGCGCACGCCACAGGACGAGAAAGAAAGCAGAGCGAGGGAAGGGCAAAGAAAGCGAGGGACCAAAAGGGAGAGGCGGAGGAAAGCAAAAGGAGGGAAGGACAAAAGGAGGGGCACGAGCAAGAAAAAGGGAGGAAGAGGGAAGAGGGGGCGGCGGGGAAGGAGGAAAAGGAAGGGGGGGAGCACGAGGCAAGGGGGGGAGAAAGGAGCCAGAAGCAGGACAAGAAGACGCCAGAGGAGCGAGAGAAAGGGAGAAAACCAAAGAGGGGGAGGGGCAGAGGGGGGGAGGCAAAGGGGGAGCAGAGGAAGGAGAAAGGGCAGCGAAAAGCGGGGGAGGAGCGGGCAGAGGAAGGAAGGGGCGAGGAGAGGCAGCGACCAGCAAGGCAGGCAGAGGGGGAAGAAAAGAGCAAGGGGGGGGAAGAAGCCAGACACGGGGGAGGGGAGGAAAAAGCACAGAGCAAAAAGGAGGCACGGGACGAAGAAAGGGCACAAAGGGGAACAAGGGGCAGAGGGAGGGGGGGAGACGAAGGAGACGGGGGAAGAGGAGGGGGGCAGGGAAGGGAGGAGGGGGAAAGGAAGGCGCGAGAAAAGCCCAGCCCGCAGCCAGAAGAAGGGGGAAAGGCGGGAAGAAGAAGGGGGGAGGGAGGCCGCAGGGGAGAAGGGAGAGGCAGGACGGGGGGAGCCAAGGGGGAGCAAGGGGCAGGGAAGGGGGGAAGCAAGGGCAGACAAGGAAGGAAAGGAGGAAAGGCGAACCAACACGGCCAGGGCACAACAAAGGGAGCCACCCAGGACCAGGCACCCAGGGGAACCAGAGGAAGAGGGCGCCAAAAAGCACCCGCCAGAAGGAAGGAGGGGAAGAGCAGGAAGGCGGGAAAACAAGAGCAGCGACCAGGGAAGCAGGGGCACGGGGAGCGAGCGCAGAGGGAACCAAAAGAAGGGGACGAAGCGCGCAAGGAGCCGGAGGGGAGAAAGGCGAGGCAAGAGGAGCGCGAGCAAGGCAAAAGAAAGGAGGGGGGGAACGGGGCCAAGACCGGCGAACCACAAGGGGGAGGAACCAAAGGGGGCGGCCGGAACAAAGCAAACGAAGAAGGCGGGAGGGGGAGGAAGAAAGCAAGGCGCGGGGCAAAAGGAGACGCGCAAGAAGAAGGAAGAGAGGGGGAGGAAACGGGGGCACCGGGAGCCGACGGGAAGCAAGCAGAAGGGGCCGAGCCGACGCCGCACACAAAGAGGCACCGGGGAGCAAAGGGACGGGAAAAGCGCAGGCGGGAAGGGGCGACGCGAAGAAGAAGGGGAGGGCGAACAACCCCCAGGGGGGAGGGAAAAGGCGAAGGGGAGAAAGGCGACAAACGGAAAAAGGCAGGGGAGGGGGGGAAACAAGCACCGAGAGCGGGGGAGGAGACGGGGGCAAGGGGCGGAGAAGCGGGGGAGGCACCAAAGGCCGGGGGACAAAACGCGAGGGAGAAGGCAAGAGGGGGAGCAGAGGGAGGAGGGCAAAGAGAGGGGAGGAGAGGAGGGGGAAGCACGAACAAGGCGGGGGGGGAGAAAGGGGCGAAGCGGAGGCAGAAGAAAGGCGAAAGGAGCAGGAGGGGGGAAGGGAAGGACGGCGGGGGCGGACAAGGCAAACAACGGAAAGAAGGAAGAGGCAGCAAGCAAGCAAAGGACACCCGCGACGGGAGAAAGAAGGGGGGCCGGGAGGGAAAAGCAGCGAGCAAAAGGCCAAGGAGCACAGCAAGAAGGCGAGACAAAGAGGAAGAGGGAAAGGAGGGCGAGCAAACAAAAGAGAGAGGAAGGAGGGGGGCGCGGCGAGAGCGGACG